AUGAACGCUCUUAUUGACUCGUUAACAAACGGUAAUGACUCCGGUUCUCAUCAAGGAGUCUUAGCCUACAGAGCUCCCUCCCUUCUCCAACCUCACAGAGCCCGUGAUGCUAUCCGCGAUGCUCACGAUGGGAAGAUCGCACCACUAGUUGGGUUUUUCGUCGGUUUACCUUCUCCACCUAUCGCAAAAGUAGCAGCUCAAUUGGGCUAUGAUUGUGUCUGGAUUGAUUGGGAACAUACUUCCAUGAGUGUGGAAACUAUGACACAAAUGGUUCACGAUGUUCAAUUUAUGAGUGAGGGAAAGAGUUUUGCAAUCGUUCGUGUGUCAGGCCAUGAUCACGCAUCAAUAGGCUAUGCCCUAGAUGCUGGUGCCUCCAUCCUCGUCCCCCAAGUCGAUACAGUAGAGCAAGCCAAACAUAUCAUCUCAUCUGCCAAAUUUGGCGCCGUUCGAAACGGUACUCGCUCAGCACCUCCAGCUCGAUAUCUAAUGGGUAUCUCAGACACCACUAUCGAUUCCUCCAAAUCCAUUUGGGAAAACGUAAAUAACCAAGCCGCCAUAAUAAUCCAAAUCGAAACUCUCCAAGCAAUUCACAAUCUCGAUGCUAUUCUUACCGAAUGCGGCGAGAAUAUUGACUCUGUCUGGCUAGGCUCAUUGGAUGCGAGAAUUAGUAUGGGACUGCCUGGUAUGUGGGGUGCUGAGAAGGAAUGGACUGAUGCAGUUGCAAUUUAUGAAAGUACAUUGGCAAAGCAUGAUAAACCUUCCAGUGGCAUGGCUAUGGGCUUUAGUAUGGAUGAUAAGAUAGCGAUGGCAAGAGGGAAAAGCUUGGUGGUUAGUGGGAGUGAUGUCUUUCCAUUGAUGAUGCAGGCAGCUGAGGCGAAACAAAUGCAUGCAAAUUUGAAGGCUCACGAUCAUAAGGGAAUUUACAAGAUAUUGUAA